ACACACACACACACCAACUUAUGAUUAUGAAAUAAAUAAAUUGACGGCCGAAACAAAACUCUCUACACUACACAUCCAUCCAUCCAAUAUGCUUAUUCUGUUUCAUCUCAACUCACUUUCUCUUCUUCUCACACACUCUGACUCUACUACUAUUAUAUACUAAAAUACCCUUUUUCUUCAAUCAUCAAAUUCAUUCAUUCAUUCAUUACCUUUCAAUCUCCGUCAUCACUUGUCUCUGUCACUUCUCUUUACCGCAACUCAUCUUAAUUAAUUCAUUUAUUCAUUAAUUCAUUAAUUAAUUAAUCCUCUGCUUUGUUGCUGCAAAAUUGAAAACAACAAGAAGAAUGGUGGAUUUUAAGAAAUUUUGGACGAAGAACAAUUUAAUAGGUCUUGGAUUAGGUCAAUUUCUUUCUCUUCUUAUUACUGCCACUGGUUUCGCCUCUUCUGAUUUAGCUAAAAAAGGAAUUAAUGCUCCAACAUCACAGUCGUUUCUAAAUUAUGUGUUUUUGAUGAUUGUCUAUGGAACUAUACUACUCUACAGAAGAAAACCUCUCAAGGCAAAAUGGUAUUAUUAUAUACUUCUUGGAUUGGUCGACGUGGAAGCAAAUUUUCUUGUUGUGAAGGCAUAUCAAUACACCUCACUUACAAGUGUGAUGCUACUUGACUGCUGGUCCAUUCCAUGUGUCAUGCUUCUUACAUGGAUUUUCUUGAAAACAAAAUAUAGAUUCAAAAAGAUAACUGGUGUAAUUGUGUGCAUCGCUGGCCUUGUUCUGGUUGUGUUUUCGGAUGUUCAUGCAGGUGACCGUGCAGGUGGAAGUAAUCCUCGUAAAGGGGACAUUCUUGUUAUUGCUGGUGCUACCUUGUAUGCAUUCAGUAAUGUCAGCGAGGAGUUUUUAGUAAAAAAUGCUGAUAGAGAAGAGCUCAUGGCAAUGUUAGGUCUCUUUGGUGGCAUCUUCAGUGCCAUUCAAAUAACUAUACUUGAGCGCAACGAACUUAAAUCUAUUCAUUGGUCGGCUGGCGCAGCGUUUCCUUUCUUUGGAUUUUCAGUAGCUAUGUUUAUGUUCUACUCUCUAGUCCCUGUUCUGCUUAAGCUCAAUGGUUCUACCAUGCUAAAUCUGUCUCUUCUGACCUCAGACAUGUGGUCUGUCUUAAUUCGCAUUUUCGCUUACCACGAGAAGGUUGAUUGGAUGUACUAUUUGGCGUUUGGUGCUGUUGUCACCGGCAUUGUUAUCUACUCUAUAAGUUAUGGAGAUGAGGAUCAGCACCCUCCUAAUGCUGUUGAAGAACCUACCGCCAUCAGACGGGACGAGGAAACGGGUUCAGCAAGAUUUAGCAAAGGAUCUGUGGCUGGAAGCUCAAAAAGCUAGGUACCUUAAAGAAAGUUUAGACCUAAGGUUCCAUUCAAAGGAAAAACCAUGAGGAAGACCCUCUUUCAGAAGUGGGCUGUUCUAAAUUUGUUUCCAAUGCUCCUCCAUGAGUACUCGUUUUGCUUGUAUAUUCUUUGUCAGCACACUCUUUAUAGUUGAAAUCUAUGUUGGUCUCAUCAUUUUAGGAAUAAGAUUCACCAAAUAGAAAAUGGGAUUCAAAUAAUUUAGUGAGACUCACAUAGAUUUCAUGAAUAAUAGAGUGUGUUAUUAGACUGUGUUUAUUUAGUUAGAUGUUGCUCUUGUUUGCAGUCUUAUCGUUUGAAGGCCGGUUAUUUUUUUAGAUGGAAUUUUAAUAUUAUUUAUUUUGCCAUUUGGAAAUCAAUGAUCAACCUUAAUGGGGGAGUUUUUUUUUGACAUUCA